AUUUUUUAAAUUUUGUAGUUUUUCAAAAGGAAAGAGUUGGCGCGCAUUAUAUAUAAGUAGCUAGAGUCUUGAGAGCUUUGAGAACACGCAGAAGCAACCACCAUGGGAAGGCGUUCGAGAAGCGAAACUAAAGCUACAGAGCAAGAAGACAACUUCGCUCGGAGAAAGAGAAGUCUCAAUACUGAGCCUCCGAAAAUGCGUAGACCAAUGCGAAGAGCCAAGACCAUCUGUUCCUGUAGCUCUCCUUCCUCCUCUACUUUCCUCAACGCACAUUCCAACUUCUCCUGGUUUGAAAAGGACCUGUGGACAGAGGUCGCGAAGUUUCUUGACGGGAGGUCACUGGUGAUGCUUGCAGUCACUAGUCGGUGGUUCAAUCGUACACUGAUGGAAGAUUGUAUAUGGAAGUAUGUUUGCAUGCGUGAUCUUCAGGUUUCUACUCCAUGCCACGUGUCCUUCAAAUGGAUCGACCUCUAUGCUGCAGCUUUUGAUGGGAGUCAUUCUUACAAUUUCCAUCAGCAGGAGAAACAUAUUGUAGACUGGAUGCGAAUUGGUGCUUUUUCAAUGGACUCUUCUGCAGCAUUUCUGACAGAAAGACUCCAAUUUCCAGCUAGAAUCCCCGACGAAGAUGAGGCACAUAAUUUUUUGCAGUCCACAGGCUGUUGUGUUAUAAACAAUGUUAAGAAGGGAAUAUGGAUAGCAGAUCUUCAGCUUGUUCGAUGCCCAGUCUGUGACCUCAAUACAUGCGAUGGAACAAUGCAGACUUUAGAUGCAAGGCACAUAGAGCUAUUUUUGAACAAGGAAUACCGCAAUGGGAGCUGGAAAUACGAACUGGUAGGAUCUCAUGAUAACCAAAUGCAUGCAGAUGGAGCUUCGGGGGCAAUUUUUGAUGUUGAGCACCUCCGAGACUGUUCAACAUCUGCGGUGUUUAAUCUCAAAUCAUGGGUCGGUAAACCAAUGGACUGGCAACCCAGAGCUGUGAUUACUCUCCAUGCUGUUGCUGUCAACACCAAUUUACAAAAAAAUGAAGGAAUUCAUGUCAAGUACCACGCCAUGAGAGCUGGACCUGAUGGCGAAGUUGUUUCAAUUAGAAUCUCCCAACAGCUCCUGUGAUUUUUCCAAGUUUUGUUCUGGAAACAGAAAAUAAAGGAAGAAUAAAAACAAAAGGGGAAAAUCGGCUAUCUGAUAUAGAGAUACACACACCACGAAAAAAAAUAGUUUCGCUUUCGUGCACCAUUCAAUCAAAUUUAGAUUACAGAAUAGAGUCUCUAGAGACACUAGUGAGUUUGGUUUGGUUAUUAUCUUUGUCCUGUUCUUGUUGUAUGAACGUGACAUAUCAUUCUUUGAUGUAUUUACAUAACCAAAUUUGUACCUAAAAGAAUAUUAUAGCAAAGUGUAAGUAAAUGUACGGAUAUUCAGAUCUAAAAAA